AUGCAGAAGACAUACUACGACAGCUCCACGCUCUUUGGGGGUUACUCCUACAGGAGUGCCAAUGGCUUCAGCUACGAGGGUCCCCAGCAGUCCUUCCAGGCAGCUUCUCACAUGGAGAACAACUACCAGAGGUCUGCCUGUUCCCUCCAGUCUCUUGGCAACACAACGUCACACACAAAAAGUAAAGACCUAAACAGGAGCUGCAUGCAUCCAAGUUUGCCCCAGGAGCACCAUCCACCUCCCCCCGUCUCACCACUCCCAAAUCCUGCGACCAACAGCACCAAUAGCAACAGCAAUAACCAAUCAGGGAGCAAUAAAACUGCCCCCAGCAACACCAACCUCAGUGCAAAUGCCAGUCUCACCAAGCAGAUUUUCCCCUGGAUGAAAGAAUCAAGGCAAAACUCCAAACAGAAAAACAGCUCCCCUAGCACAGCAGAAACCUGCAGUGGUGAUAAAAGCCCUCCAGGCUCCUCAGCCUCCAAGAGAGCCCGCACAGCCUACACCAGUGCUCAGCUGGUGGAGCUGGAGAAGGAAUUCCACUUCAAUCGCUACCUGUGCAGGCCCCGUCGUGUGGAGAUGGCCAACCUGCUGAACCUCAGUGAGAGGCAGAUCAAGAUCUGGUUCCAGAACAGGAGGAUGAAGUAUAAGAAAGAUCAGAAGUCAAAAGGCAUGGGGUCUUCUUCUGGAGGGCCUUCCCCCACUGGCAGCCCGCUCCAGACCAUGCAAUCUUCUGCUGGAUUUAUGAACGCCUUGCACACCAUGAGCAGCAACUAUGAUGCCCCCUCGCCACCUUCCUUCAAUAAACCCCACCAAAAUGCCUAUGUCAUGUCAACUAACUACCAAAACCCCAUCAAAGGCUGUCCCUCCCAACAGAAAUAUGCCAACACAGCCCCCGAGUACGACCUCCACGUCUUACAAGGGAAUGAGGUGGUCUACGGGACUGCCAGUGUGCAGGGCAGCCCCGUCUAUGUUGGAGGUAACUAUGUGGAUUCUAUGCCCACCUCUGGUCCAUCCCUUUACGGUCUCAAUCAUCUGCCACAUCACCAGGCUGCCAACAUAGACUACAAUGGGCCUCCACAGAUGCCUCCGAGCCAGCACCACGGACCAUGCGAGACUCACCCCACCUACACAGACCUUUCCACACACCACGCUUCUUCUCAGGGCAGAAUCCAAGAGGUGCCCAAGCUGACCCACCUGUGA